UUAUCCGAGGAAAAAGUUCUCUACCGUAGCCGUUUGCCACCGUUUAUCUCAUCCAUUUCGAAUUUCGCCAUGACUCGUUCUCUUCUCCACCCAUCUUCUUUACCAAACACAUCGUCUUUCUCCCGUCUAUUCUCUGUGUAUAGUCCCACCCGCCGACUCCAAAUCCCUCGCACUCAACCAUCAUCACAACCUCUGCGAACCAGACCAUUCACAUCGACAAUGCCUAUCGCUCUUUCCAAGUCUGCUGCUGCCGUCACCGCCGAUGUGGGCGGCCAGGAGAAUGUUGACCAGCUCAACAGAGUAUCAAGAGAUUUCCGAAGCGACACUGUCACAAUUCCCACCGACGACAUGCUUCUCUACGCCCUCAAAGCCACCCGAGGCGACGAUGUGUACGGCGAAGACCCCACGACUGCCGCUCUGGAGAAGAGGGUCGCUGAGCUUACUGGCAAGGAGGCUGCGAUGUUUGCCGUGAGCGGUACUCAGACCAACCAACUGGCAAUUAGGACACAUAUGAAGCAGCCCCCUCACAGUGUCAUCACUGACUGGAGGGCGCAUGUGCACAAGAUGGAAGCUGGUGGUAUCGCCAUGUUCUCUCAAGCUACGACCCACCAAAUUGUGCCCGAAAACGGUGUCAACCUCUCACUUGAAGAUGUCGAGUCCAACCUUCAGCUUGGUGAAGACAUUCACAUCGCCCCCACCAAGCUCAUCUGCCUCGAGAACACCUUGUCUGGUAUGAUCUUCCCUCAAGAGGAGGUCGUCAAGAUUGGAGAGCUGGCAAAGAAGCACGACAUUGCGUUGCACUUGGACGGUGCCAGAAUUUGGAACGUCGCUGCCGACGUGGUGGAGAAGAGGGGUCUGGAUGCUACCAAGGAGGAGGACUUGAAGACUGUCUUGACUGAGCUCAUCGCCCCCUUCGACACUGCCUCCCUCUGUCUCUCCAAGGGUAUCGGUGCCCCCAUUGGUUCCAUCCUUGUCGGUCCUAAAGACUUUAUCCAAAAAGCGAGGUGGUUCAAGAAGGCCUUUGGUGGUGGUAUCAGACAGGCUGGUGGUAUCACUGCUUCCGCCGACUAUGCCAUCACACACCACUUCCCCAAGUUGGCUGUGACCCACCAGCUGGCGAAGAGGCUCGAGCAGGGUCUGAGAGAGGCUGGCUGUGAUAUCUUGGCGCAGGUCGACACCAACAUGGUAAGCUUCCAUUCAUCGCCGCUGGUAGUAUACUGACUCGUCUCAGGUCUUCUUCCAACCCAACAAGAUCGGUCUGCCCUUGGACACCGUCAAGGCCCGACUCGCUGCCCUUCCCGACCCCAUCACCAUCGGCCGUGAACGUAUUGUCAUCCACCACCAAAUCACCCCCGAGGCUGUUGAAGACUUUAUCGCCUGCGUUGCCGAGAUGAAGCAGGAGAAGCUCGAGAGCGGUGAGCUCCAAAAAGAGAUUGACGCUGAGGCAAAGAGGAUGGCGGAGCGUUAUGCCACGCCGGAGGGUGAGGGCAACACGAGCAAGUCCGAGUUGAGGAGGAGGGCCGCCUUGGGUUACUAGAUCUGGAGCGGUUGUCGGAAGGUGUAUCUGUACUCUAGAGUGUACACAUUUUGGGAUAUUGAUAGUUUUUACAUAGACCUUGGAUGUGCAAGGCUCUCCCACCUCAUUAUAUUGUUGCACCUCAUUGUUGAAGGACGCCUCUUGACUUGACCGAGUGAUGGCCGAGUCUGCUACUAGAGACCAGAAGAGAUUCCAGCUCCCCCGUGACGAGUGCAGGUUUCAGGCUUCGGAACCAGGCCUCAACCAGAUCACAGAUCACAGAGCUGCAAAGAUCCGGGAGAGAAGAAGGAAUGCUCGAAAAAGG